AUGGAAGCAAAACAAAACAGCCAAGAACCCGAGUACGAGAUGUCCAGUCUCCCUCAAGAUGGAACACAGUCCAACUCUCAAGUAUCGGACAUCCCUUUAACGACGAGAGAUUCGACGGAGCAGCAGUUUCACGCUUACCGGCGUUAUUAUGAUUCCAAUGAAUCCACGGAGGACGAAGCUAAAGAGAACGGAGCAGAGGAAAUUGAUGAGUACACUCAAGUGAUCCCUCACAACAAUUUACUGUUGGUCGUUCCCGGCUUGUUACUGAGUAUUUUCUUGUCUGCUUUAGACGCGACAAUUGUUACGACAGCAAUGCCUACCAUUGUCAAGGAAUUGAACGGUCAGUCUUCGUAUUCAUGGAUUGGUACUGCAUACACGCUUGCAGAAACAGCCAUUUUGCCUUUCUGCGGUGCAUUGUCUGAUAUCGUAGGCCGCCGUCUCCUUCUUUUCUCAUCCAUCGUUCUGUUUCUCUUCGGCAGCGCCAUGUGUGGUGCUGCCCAAAACAUGAUAUGGCUUAUUGUUUGCCGUGCCGUACAGGGCGUAGGCGGCGGUGGGAUUAUGUCGCUCGUGACAAUUGUCAUCGCCGAUAUUACUUCAUUAGAGUCCCGAGCAUAUUAUGCUGGUAUGGUAGGUGCUACGUGGGGAAUUGCAUCCGUUCUCGGACCCCUGUUGGGCGGUGCAAUUUCUCAAAGCACAACAUGGAGAUGGAUCUUCUUCAUAAACUUGCCUACCGGAGGAGUGUCACUGGUGUUAUUGGUGUCAUUCUUGCACACGUUGCCAAUUCCCAAGACUCCCUUCAACAAGUUCUUGCACACCUUUGACUUUGUGGGCAUUGUAACGGUCACUGCCGGCGUUGUCUUGUUUCUACUAGGACUUACUAUAGGUGCUACGACAAACAAAUGGCGUCGUGCAAACGUACUUUCCUAUAUCAUCAUCGGUGUCAUUUGCAUCGUUCUGUGUGCUAUUAACGAGGCCCGGACUCGCCGCAUUCCCAUCAUCCCCCCUAAACUUUUCGUUUCCCUCUCUACGACAGCUAUUCUACUGACUGCCUUUGUACAUUAUUAUAUCAUGGCAAAUGUGUCCUAUUACAUUCCCGUCUACUUUCAAACAAUUAAAGGUGAUGGACCACUUAUGUCUGGUGUCCACACGCUCUCGCUUGCAGCCGUCACUUCGGCCGUUUCGGCCAUCAGUGGGUUUGUCAUUGGCAAACUGCGCAAUUACAAAUACCCUAUGAUCUUCGGUUGGGUACUAUUGCUUUCGGGCGCAGGUUCUAUGCUCGCCAUCCGUUACAACACAUCUAUUCCGUCCAUUCUAGGCUUUUUGGCUUUGAUUGGUGCCGGUAUAGGUAAUCUCUUCCAACCGAACCUUAUUGCUAUCCAAGCUUCCGUACCCCCAAAAUUUGUCGCAACUGCCUCGUCUGCUUUCAUGCUUGUACGUAACAUGGGUUCCUCAAUUGGUAUAUCAUUGGGAGACGUCAUCUACGAACAAAGUAUAUCGACAAACCUGGCCGGUACAGGCAUUUCUAAAGACUUGAAUUACGCUCAAAUUCAAGCAAUAUCUGAUUCCUCUCAGCGCAUAUUUGUGUUAAAGGCAUAUGCAAAUGCUAUGCGAAUGAUUUGGAUUGUUAAUCUACCGCUGGCUAUAAUUGGUCUCUUGGGUUGUUUCUUCGUCAAGCAAAUUCGACUUCACAGUCGGGUAGUCAUGCAAGAAAAACAAGAAUCAUAA